CGUGAACUCGCGCCUGUGGUAAAAGCAAUGAAACCAACUUUAUCACGUGCCCGUCGUAACAUGGAUCACAGAACGAAUAUGUCGCAUCUUCACUCAGACUACCACUAUGGUGCAUACAAAUCCAGUAGACGACGAAGAACUUGACAACGAUCCAGGAGCAUAUGUUCUUGGGUUUGGUAAACACGCUGGUGAACGACUCGAUUCCAUCCCCACCCACUACAGGUUGUGGGCGACAGGAGCCGAAUGUCAACAUUUCCACUGGUAUGCAGAUUUAAAAGAGGCCAAUGAUCGAUAUGAAGAACAACUUCUCCAAACUCCUGAAGCCUACACCUUAUCCUUCGGAAAACAUCAAAACAAAAGACUUGAUGAAGUACCAGAAGAUUACAUUUGGUCUGUUAUCCGCCCUUCGUUUUCUAAUAAUCCCUGGUACCAAAGCCUGGUGGAAGCACAUCGUCGUUACCUGGACCAGGUAUACCAAAACAAAUCACCAGGCUCAGUUGACAUCUGGUUUGGGCAGCAGUGCCGGGGGUACCCACUCAGCUCGGCCUACAAGCGGCGUGGUUUCAUUGAAUUUUGUCUGAGACCAGAGCAUAACAACUUUAAGUGGUAUUACAAAUUUAAAGACCUAGUUCGGAGGUACGAAGCGCAUCUCGCGAGCCACCGACGGCCAUACCGCAGAAGAAAACCUGCAAAUGUGGAAAACCCCGUAGGGGAACUUCUGGGACAUUGGGACGACCAUGGGUCUGUGGAGCCAGGUGAUGAAUAUGAGCGGGAUGACUUUGUAGUCGACGAUGGUGAGGGGGAAGAUGAAGAUUCCCAAGAAGAUAGUGGUUCCCAAUCAGACGAUAGCAACGACGACCACGGAUUUGAUGAUUUCCAGGGUGAAGAGAUAUAUGAUGAUUCGGAAGUCAAUACAACCGGUGACCCAGACGGAUCAAGUCCAGAGCAGCCUUCUUGCGCGAGUGCGGCUGUCUCUCAAGCCUCGGAGUCGGAGUCGGACUCAGAUUCGGAUGACAAUACGCCUUUGGACGAAUUGCCCCACAAGAUCAGGGCAAAACGUGUUUCCGGGAAAAAGAAGGCAGAGGUCGUAUCCUCGCCCAGUAAUGAUGAUAUCGCUGCUCAGCCCCCACAAAAACGCCGCAAAGGUACCGAUCAUUUUAUGAGCUGUUCAUGCAUGAUCACAAGUGUCACGAUGGCAGGCCUUCGCUUGGUCCGUGAUAGGCCUGCCAGGAAUGAAUUCAAUUCUGUAGCAGAGCCCGUCGCUUCGAUGUCGCAUCUUGAUGAACAAGAACUCUCUCACUCGGGGUCGUUCCAGGAAUCAGCUGCAAGUUCAAGCACGGCUGAUGAAUCGCAAGUUGAGGAUGAGUCUUCGCAAAGCGACAACAAGGAAUUAUCGGACGAUUAUAUUCCUCCUCCCUCACUCUUGGGAGGCUAUUAUCGUUCGCUUCCACGUGUAAUUCCUGGCUUCUAUCACCAGAAGAUGUCUUAGCGGAGCUCAAUGGCGUACGAGCAUUCGCGAUGAACUUUGAUAAUAAUAUUCGUCCGAGCUGCGAUGUAGUAUAGAGCCCAUUUCAUUUCCGAGCUCAGGUGCAGGAGUUACGUGACAGUAGUGCGAAAAUCAUGACCACAGCCACUUUCAUCGUGAUC